AUUGAGUAUUUUCCAUUGUUCAGAAUUGUUGUGGAGAUAAAGUGUGAUUUUGUGUGUAAAUAUUCAUGGAAGGAUUAAUAUGGUGAAUGUUAAAGAAAUAUAGCCAAAAGGUUGUAAUCAUUUAUAAAAAGAUUGUGAACUUCAUCUUAAAAAGUCUUAAGACUUGUUAAGUUAAUUGAUGAACAUGAUCAUGAUUCGUGCUUUGUGCUGAGUUUUAUAAAUGUUUGUGAACUUGGGUUUUUGUGGAAUACUCAUUUAAGAAUAUUUAUGGUGUUGACUAUUAAUGGUCAUUACAGGAUUAUUAAAAUAGUUAUCAAAGACUGAUAUUGUACAUGAGCCUUGAAUUAAAGCAAACUUAUUCUCUUUGAUGAUGCUACUUCAACUUUUAACCCUGUUUAUGUGUAUGGAAAGAUAAAUAUUCAAAUCAUUUAGCUGAAUCAUAUCAUUGUGACAUUUGACAACAGACCACUAUCAGGGCAAACAAGAAACUAAUGUCAAAAAUAUAGUGUUUUCCAAUAAAUUGUUUUGUAAAUUGUUUAUUAAAUGUACGCAGAUUUCAUAAUUAUACAUCCAAAGUUUAAUUAAAUCAGCGUCACUGUUUGAUCAGUCUAGUUGAUGAGACACCGUUGACAGUGGUGAUCGUAUUGAAACGUGCCCCGGGGCCCCAAACUGGGUAAUAAUCAUGAAUUCAAUCUAUCAUUUAAAGUGGUCGAACAGUUAUAGCUACAAACUAACCUAGAAUACACAAUUUAUAUGUGCUGCAAAUUAUAGGAAAGGCUUUGACGCUUUUACACAGUAAUGUUGCACUAGAUUGAAAUGGAAAUUAGCUGUCAGUGUUUGUGGUUAUAGUGUUGAAAAGGUCACGGAUAAUUAUAGAACUGGCGAUAUUGUAAUUCAGAGGUGAAGAUACUGGCUGAAUGCUCCUUGGUGCUUGGAUACGCUGAAAUGGACUGCUUUUUGGUCACAAUUGUAAAUGAGGUCAGAUUACGUGACCGGGAAAAUGUGUAAAACAUAGUUGAAAAAAAGUGAUUAAAACGCGACCUUGAUAAGAAAAGUGGUGUAUAUAUUUAUAUGUGAUUGCAUUGCAUGAUCAGUAGGAUUACUGUGCUCAUUGAACAGGAUAUGAAUUUAGCGAUGCACAAGCGAUAACCAUUGAAAAUAAAUUGUUGUAGUUUGAAGUCAGAAAUUACUCAUCUUUAUGUUUAACCAUACAAAGAAAAUGGAGGGUGGUAAAGUUCAAAUUAGCGGCGACUAUGUCCCUCAAAAAAUGGCGAUCCUACAUGGAUAUAUUUAAUUUCUCACAUGGAAGUAAAGACAGUGAAAUGGAUAGCGGAAUAUCUAGUCGAUUUGCUGAAAUCUCGCAGUCACAUGCAGGAACAUUGCUAAGAAAAAAACGGCUGGGCAGUUUGACCAAGGACAAGCCAGAUGACCAGGUGACCUCCCCAAAUAGAGAUACUACUGAGCCCACAAGUCCCUUGUUACAGCGUGUGGCGAUAAUACAGAAAGAUGAGAAGGGUUACGGUCUCACAGUCAGUGGCGAUAACCCCGUGUAUGUGGCCAGCGUCAAACCAGGUGGGGCUGCAGCGAAGGCUGGCGUGCAGAUGGGGGAUAAAAUCAUAAAGGUUAACGGAAAGCUUGUGAUCAAUUCCAACCACCCGGAGGUUGUCAAGCUCAUCAAAUCUGGUUCAUACGUGGCGUUAACGUUACUGGGGAAGCCAUCCACGUCACAACCCAGCCACUCUCGGGAGUCACUCAUAGAGCAUCGAGAACAUCCAAAUAGGGACUCCAUAUCCAUACCGCAACCUGUUGAUGCCCAAAAGGACAGGGAGUUACAGCAACAGAAAUUGAAGACUCUUAAUGCCAUGUAUGAUGCCACCCAUGAGGGGUAUGAGAAAUUGCGUAAGUCCUGCAAGGCGAACCCAGGUGACGCCAAACUCCAGGAACAGUUUAGGGACAAGGAGAGAACGUUAAAGACACUGGAGGCUCAGAUCAAUGCAUUGUCUGGGAAUGAUACACAGCUGCCACCCACCAUAAGUGUAGAUAGUUCAGAACAGAUGACCACAGAUUCGGGGCCAAGCGGGCUCUCCAAGAAAGAUCGGAAACACAUGCAGCACAGCUCGAGCCCGGGGUCCAUGUUUCAGCCAAAAGAUUCACAACAGAAAGGGGCCAAUGUCUUUCGAUCUAAGUCUGAUGUCUCCUCACGAAAAACUGGCCUCUCUGAAUAUAUGUUUGCCCCUCAGGCAUACAAACGCACCGAAUCUAGCCCUGAGCGCACUGAGUCUUUUAGACGAAGACUCAUGAAGCCUAAAAUGACAAUCAGGAAGACUGCGUCAGUGCCUUACUCUGUGUCUGAUGUGGGCUCGGAUUCCCCUUGCACUAGCCCCAGUUCAUCCCCCACCCCAACACAGAACCCAGAUAUAGACCCCGUAACAGCCGACUCUGGAAUAGAGGACGGCAGCCAGAAUUCUAUAGUUAUGAUGCGCCCUAGCCCCACGACACAGAUCAUAGGAGCCGAGGACGACGAUUUCGCCUCCGAGGAUGAAUGUUUUGAGGGAGAUCGGCGUUCGAAGCCACCGUCAUCACCUUUCUUCUUUAAAAAACAUCAGCAGUUUGAGGUGGGCGACAAUCGUAUAUUUGCGGACAUGCAGACGCUGGAGAAGCAUGCGGCGCACAUGGCGGUGUUUCUUCACUGGGUGAUAUCGUUCCACAACCCCGCCCCAAUCCUCUUCUACACGCUGUCUGGUAUCUAUAGCAGCGCCCAGGGCGGCGCCAAAGACCUGAAGAAGUGGGCCUACGAGAUACACUCAACAUUCAUAAUUCACAUGGCACCAUUAAAGGUGAACACAGUACCAGACUAUGUUAUUGAAGAGAUAGAUAAAUCGCUGAUGUACCGUGCAGAACGUGAGGAGACAGUUCUCCGAGCCAUCUUUGACAAGGCUCGGGAAUCGACCGAGGACACAAUACAUAAACUACUGGAUGAUCUCAGGAAAAGGAAGGAGCAAGGUUUGUUAGAGGGGGCUCCUGAGCUGAAGGACAGUAUGGACAGAAAUGAGGAGAUGAAAGUUGUAGACAAAUACUUGGUUCCUGACCUGGAAAAGUCGCUACAAAUAGAGGAUGAUGAGAAGCACAUAGCGCAGACUUGGGCACUCGCCACAUUCCUCCGUAACACUGGGCACAGUAAAGCCCACACUAGCCUGCUGGAACGCACCCUCUCUUUUGUUUCCAAGGACCGGUCGCGCAGCUCUAAACUCAGCUUUAGCAGCAGGGAUAGCAAGAAAAAGACACAUAAAGGUCACAACUUUGUGUUGACGCACCUGACAAAGCAGGAGUUCUGUCUCACAUGCAAUAAAGUACUGUGGGGCGUGGGACCGCAGGGAUACCAGUGCCAGACGUGCGACCAAUGUGUUCACAAGACAUGCGUGGAGGAUCUGAGUGAAUCAUGUAGCAAAAAAGACAAGAAGAAUCGCUCAUCCAUGGUUAAUCCCUUCAACAAGAAACUUCCACCCACCCCAGGCAGUGCAAUUAAGUCGGCAUUCUCUGACUUUAUAGCCACAGCGAGUCAGGUGCUGCCCGAUAUGGACCAGCUGAGUCACCAGAGUAGCCCUGGCCCAUUAGUAAACACACUGCAGGGGCCUGUAGAUCAAGACUUGUCCGCAUUUAAAGAGCAAGGCCACUCUGUGAACAAGCUGGUCACCAGAUUCGAGAACAGAAGUCCGGACCCGGAAACCUCUGGAAAGUAUAUAAAGAAAUCAGGCCCAGCGAAUGAUUUUACAACAACCAGACACAAUAGAAAAAAUGCCAUGUCGUCUCCAAGACAGAACCGCAGGAUCAGCUUGAACACCCCCAGCUCGCUGUCUCUUCCGGCGGGAACUAGACUCAUGAAGAAAAACUCCGAUGUCCAGAGGUCUGAGAGCAUGAAGGGCCGGGAUGACUUGGCUCAAAAGCUUUGGCGCCGCUCAUACACGGGAGAUUCGAAUAUUGAAGAUGCCCCUGUGCCUGUUCGGUCAUCAGGAUCGUUCAGUCACUCACUCAGGUCUCAAGAGAGCCCGAGUAACUCAAUGGACACAUUGACGGCUCAGAUACAGGAAGACUCCGACUUUGAGGUGGAGGCAGAGUUACCCUCCCUGAAACAAGUGCUCGGUGAGGACACAGUACGCAAACUGAAACCAAAGGAGAAGAAACGCCAGGAUGUCAUCAAUGAGCUGUUUUACACGGAGAAGUGCCAUGUUCGUAAUCUGAAGAUUUUGGACAAGCUGUUCUAUCAGCCUAUGAAACAUGAGCAAUCCAUUAGUCUAGAAUUCACUAAGAGUCUCUUUCCUAACUUGGAAACCAUGAUUCAACUUCAUGGUGCCCUUAACAAAUCUAUGAAGGAACGGCGCAAGGAAAAGUCUGUAGUCACAGCAGUAGGAGAUCUCCUUUUACAAAGGUUUGAUAAUCAUGAGGGUGAGAACUUCAAGCACGGGUGUGCGGUGUUCUGUCGUAACCAGUCACACAUGCUUGAACAACUCAAGCUACGCCUCCGCAAGGAAACCAAAACAGCUCAACUACUAGCCGAUGCUGAGAACAACCCUCUGUGUCAGCGACUGGCCCUGAGAGACAUCAUUCCCAAACAGUUUAUGCGUCUCACUAAAUACCCACUCCUCAUCGAGAACCUCAUGAAAUAUACUUCACCCAACACAGAUGAGUAUCGUAACCUCGAGUUAUCGCUAAAGUGCAGCAAGCGAAUCCUCACACAUGUAAAUCAGGAGGUCAAAGUCUGCGAGAAUCGGCAGCGACUGGUGGAGCUUCAUCGACGUAUUGACAAGAAGUCCAUCGAUAACUCUUCGGAGGCUGAUGAACUUAGGGAGUUGGAUAUUAGAUCACAUAACCUUGUACAUGAUGGACCUUUAAUAUGGAAUAUAAACAACAGAAAACAGAUCGAAGUGCAUUUAGUGUUGUUGGAAAAGGCCAUGGUGAUCUUACAAAAACAGGAAGACAGACUAGUGUUAAAAUUACAAAAUACCCAGCUCGUAGCGGGUCGAACUGAAGCUAAAAAACACAGCCCACUCUUAUGGUUGAACAAUGUGUUAGCUAGGAAUGACGCUACGGAUAAAAAAGCAUUCUUUGUGGUGAACACUUCUAAAGCAGGACCACAGAUCUACAAGCUGUUGGCAGGCACAGCGGAGGAGCAGAGAAUAUGGACAAAGUAUAUCACUCAAGCAUCAGAAGCCCAAAAGCGUGCGGAGAUCAACAAGAAUAAAGCCCCUGUGCAGGAACAGACAACUCCAACAGAGACUAUUGUAGAAAGCCAAGUUGCCCAGGAGGAAAGGGGUGAGAUCCAGGACCUUGACGCGGACAACAUCGUCCACCCUGAGGACAUCACAUUCAACGCCCCCGACAUUAACACUGCUGUUCAAGUCAUCACACCUCUCGAGAAGCUGCGACAGAAUGAUGAGAACCUGGCCAUGGUGCUGGAGGAGAGACAGGGGCUGAUAGCAGAAAUCCUCAACAUUCCCCAAACAGAAGUAGCCAACAAGGUGCAGGAUGUGGUUGAGGAGGGAGAAGGGGAGCCCAACGACCUGAUAGCGGCAUGCCAGCACCAGACCACGGAGAUUUUUGACCUCAUGAAGGACUCACCUACCCCACUCGCCGUCACAGAAUCUGGCGAGAGGAUCGAGUCUGUAGAAGACCUAACAUUGCCCAUUCCCAUGGACAAACUUCGGGACAUGGCCAACCGCAUGAACCAGAUACUCACAAACCUACUGGCACAAACUCGAGCAACAGCCAAUCCCAUGUCAGCAUCAAUGUCUCAGGCUGCAGUCAACAGUCAGAAUGAGGAGCGUGAUAGAUUGAGACGGGAGUUGAAGUUUGCACAGGAGGAGUUAAACCGUCUCCGUCGGAUACAGAAGAUCCAGAUGGAGGCCCAGCAGGAGGGUGGGGAUGCAAGCCUCGUGGGGAUCAGUGUAGCGGCCGUCACAGGCAGUGGAGAAAAAGCUGAGAGGCCCGCCAGUCUCGUGUCUGAGGCAUCCACGGUGUCAGAGUCGGAGGACAGCAAGACAGACAGUGAGCAGGCGGAGGACCCGAUCAUUGUUGAAGUUGCAGAAGACAACAUGCCUGGUCUUCCAAUAGAUCCAGAAGAGACAGGGCCCCUAAAUGAAACACCUCCUGGAGGGUCAGAUAGUUUAGUGGAUGACACCGAGAUAGACUAUGAGGAAAAUGCGGGGGCUGAGGUGUACAAAUAUGAUGAUGCUGAGCAACUAGAUGAGGCUCUUCAUGAGGUUGAACCUCCUGAUGAAGACCAUCUGGAAGAUUUGGACACACCAGUUGUUGAAAUUCAAGGCCCAGAAAGUGAUCUAAAUGAUGAUGAUGAUAAUCAUGAAGAUGAUGAAGAAACUGAGUCGGAACAAGAUGUAGAUGCGGAAAUUGAUGAAGGAAAGGCUGAAGAUGAGGAUGAUACUGAAGGUGAUAGUGGAACUGACACAGUGAAUGCAGGAACAGCAGAGAGUGGAAACAGUGAUGAAGCUGUGCUAGAUAGACUUACAGGAGAGCCAGAGGGGACAGAGGGGGAUAGUGUUGAUGGUGAUGGUAGUAAGAGAGAUAGUGGGGAGGUGUAUCAUGAUGCCGAAGACAAUAGUGGUGAUGACCCCGCAGCUGAACAGACUGAUAACAUUGGAGAAGACCCAGGUGGAACUAGUAAAGGGCAGAAUAGUGAAAUUAAUGAAUCUAGUAUAGGUGAUAAUGUGGAUAAAAGUGAAAAGGAUCAGUGUGGACAGAUGGCGAGUACAAAUGAUGAGGAAAAUGAAUCAACUAGCAGUGAACUGCAUUCAAAUAAUAAUGAAAAAGAUGUGACAGAUAAACAAGCGCAAGAUUCUGGUGAUCAAAUACAAACUGAUGCUAGUGUUAAUAGUGUAAAUGAUAAGAGUGAACCGGUCUGAAGACAACUAGUUAAUAAUUGGACAAUGUUAGAAAUACAUGUAUGAAUCUACACUGUAGAAUCAGCAGUAUUGCUUAAGAGAAAGGAAACGAAGAAGAUGAAAGAAACAUCCUCUGUGUGGAUUUGAAAGACAAACAUAUCUUUAUCUGGCUAUAAUGGGUUAGACGAGUAGUUUAAAGUGGUCUAAUGUAUAAAAGAUUAUAAACAAGUUAUUAUGUAGAACAGAGUAUAUGCUACAUAUGUUUUCCAAAAUAUUUAAAGGGCAGAUACUAAUUAUUUUUCAUUUUUCUAUACACUUAUAUAUAGCCUAGCAUUUGCCAUUUUAUAGCUAGAAUGGAAUUGUAACUCACCACCGUUGUUUAUAUUGUCCGGUAUGAUGAUGUUUCAUAUGAGAAACAAUUGAAGUUAAAAUACUUCUACACUUUAACGGGAGAAAACAAAUUGUACAACACACUUUUUUAUUUCCACGAGGAGAAACAACUAAAGUUACUGCAUAAUUGGCUAUGAAGCUAGUGAAACAAAACAUGUCCCUGUUUUUUCAUCAUCCAAAAUUGUGAUUUUGUGACAUUGUGCCAUUUUCUUGUUGUUUGUUUUCUACUUGUACCUGAUCUUUCCUGUGCUAGUCUGUAUUUCUGCUUUAUGGUUUUUUGUGGAAAUUUUCUGCAAAACAUUUUUUCUGCACCCGUUUAACAAACUGAAUAUGUCAUCUCUGUACUGUUUAUAAUUAGGAAAUGUUUUAUUUUUUUGUCAUGGCCAUCUGGUCGGUAAUGCUCCUCUGUUUCGAUGAAAAGAGAUACUUUUUUCCCAGCUAUGUGUGAUCCACUACUUGAUAACUGCUUGAACAGAUUCUUAUGAUGGCAAUAAAAAGCAUUUCGAGAUUUGAAAAAGUUGUUAGUGACAUUAGAUAAAAGAACUGAUCGACGGUAUUCGUUUUCACUUCAUGAUUGACUCCUACUUAUCACAAAACUGUUCUGGUCUCUCAUUGUGUGGCACAAGGCAAAGUACAGCUGUGGUGAUUUUCUUACAUUGAUAUUUGUAUAUAGGAAUAUGUCUGUAUAUACAGUAAAUAUGUAUGUGUAGAUAGGAUAUGUGUAUAGAAAUGUAUAGAAGUUUUCUUUGUUGCAAUAUGUACUGAACAAGAUGGAAAUACCUGAGGUCAAGGUCACAGCAUGAUGAUUUCUAAACCACUAAUACCAGUUACCGUUACUUUACUAUGUACAGAAUGAAGUCUUUCAUGUUCACUUAUAUGUAUAUUGCCUUUAUUACUAAAUAUAAAGAUACAUUGAAACUGUUAUCAAAAACAUUGUUUUUGGAAUAAAAUUUACUAAGAAGAUGUCUGCAAAUAUAAUCCUUCAAUCAUUGAACAAACUUUGGUAGGUUCAUUCAACAUUAACCCAAACUUGAAAAAUGUGUUGGCUGUUUAAGGUUCCACAUUUUGAUAUAAAAUGUUUAGUAUUUCAAUGACCUUGACCUAGAUAUGACCAUUGUAUGACUGUAUUUUGUUAUAUAUAUAUAUAUAUUUACACAAUUGUUUCCCUGCAAUCAGGGAUUGUUAGACAUAGUGCUUUAUUCAUCAUGCGCGCAUUGUUCCUAUAAAAUGUGCGCAUUGUUUAUACAUGUUUAUAUAUAAAAAUACAUAUAUAUAUACAUAUUUAGAUAAACAUGUAUGUUAUGUGUGUACAUUUACAUAAACAUGUAUAUAUGUGCACAUGUUUUAUAUGUGUGUUCAUGUUUACAUAUGUGUACAUGUAUAUACAUGUAUGUGUACAUGUAUGUAUACGUUUACAUAUGUGUACAUGUGUAUAUACAUGUAUGUGUAAAUACAUGUAUGUGUAUGUUAACAUCAGCAGCACAUUGGUGCAUCAUGUCUUCAUUUCUGUUCCUGGUUUACAUGAAAAUUAAAGCACCAAUGUUCAAACAUACGCUGUGUAAUCACAUGGUGACACAUGAAACAUAUGUGUACACAUGUAGACAAACACUGUGUAAACACAGCUUAUAUACUCACCAUUACAACAUUUCUGUGAUUGUGUUCAACUGUACAUACUACCUUAAGUCAUUGUUAGGGGAAAGAUUUUGAAAGUGAAUCUUAUUUAGGGGUUCAUCCCUUGGUAGAAACACUGAACGUCAAGUGGAAAAUAGUCCUAGAAUUAUGUAUUGAAUUAUGUAGAAAUAUGAAAAGCUUUUUAACAUUUACAAAAGUUUAACAAAUUUUGUAUGUAUUUACUUUAAUAUUUGGUUAUUAUGAUUGGUUAUUUAAUUCAUAAAUCUUGCAGUACUUCCAAUACUAAGAUUACUUCAUAAAUGAGAGUUAAAGCUAUAGAUUCUAAAUACAUAAAUUUUUAAAUGAAAAUCUUGUGUUAAUGUUUAUAGACUACAUAUAUAUUCAGAACUAACUACAGAUAUUCGUAUAUUUGUUUAAUAAAUAGGAUAUGGGAAUUUUUGGUUGCAUGUUUUAAAUUUACGAAAUGGAGAAAGUCCAUCGAAUCUACAUGUGGUAAAGGUUCAUAUAUUACUUUGCGUGUUUACCACUCACAUACUUGUGCUAUAUUUGCUAAAUUCUAUUGAAAAAGCAGUCAAAUAAAUUAUCAAUGUUUGAAUAAUCACUGGUUAUUCCCCUUUCUGAAUAAUGUGCAAUAGUUAUUCCAGUUUGACUUUUCUUCUUUGUUGAAAUUUUUGAGCCAAGAAGUUAUAUACAAGUACAUUAGCAAUUUCGUUAUUAUAGUUUUUUACGAGUUAUUUAUCAAGAAACGAAUAGUCUGAAUGAGUCAUUUCUUAUACUAUUAUUUAAGUGUGUGCAUGUUAAAAAUAACAGGAUUUUCCAGUUUAUAUCUUUUAUUGUUGUUGUUACUGACUUUUGUUAAGGUCAUAUCUUUGUUAAGUCUCCUAAUUUUGAGAGUUUUUUCUAGAUAUUUGUAAAGAGUGAGGCCGCUAUGCCUGACGCUGUGUAUGUUGUUAUAUUCUAUCAUUAUGUUGUAUAGUAUAGCCUGAAGUUAUAUUUAAAGUCGCUGUGUCGAUUCUCUAUAUCUUAAUUCUAAUGCAACAAUCUAUUGAUUAUUGCUUUAAUAAAAUGAUAAAUAAAUAAUAUCAUUUCA